AUGUCUCUUGAAGAGUCCUGUUGUACCUGCGCCGCCUUCCUAUCCUCUAUCCCUCCGACAUACGAUGAGAAGACGGAGAAGCCGGCACAGCAUGAACGGCGGCUGGGAUGCUGCGGCCGGGUAAUAUGUUCGCGAUGUAUCACUGACAACCCGCGAUUUGCGCAGUACUGUCCGUACUGUCAAACUUCGACUGCUGCGCCGUCACCGUCACUCGACCUUUCGGAUCCUCCUGCGUACUCUCCACCGAGUCUGACUGCGACAGACAUUGACGAUGAGCUUCCUCCGCCUUACAUAAAUCCUGAAGGUGUCCAAGUUGGCGACGCGAAAGACGCUGCGCCUGCACCAGAUGUACUCCACUUCAUAAACGCGGAUCGAGACUCGAUGUCUUCAUUGUCCUUACAAUACAACGUCCCAAUCCAAGCCCUCCGACGAGCAAACGGGCUGUAUUCCGACCACCUGCUCAUCGCUCGACGGACCCUGCUGAUUCCUGGCGAAUUCUACAAAGGGGGCGUGAGCCUCAGUCCGCGGCCCAUCGACGGCGAGGCAGCGGAGGCGCGUAAAGCGAAGAUCCGGCGCUGGAUGGUCGCCUGCAAGGUCGCUGAGUAUGAUAUUGCGGUGUUAUAUAUGACGCAGCACGACUAUGACCUCGACGCGGCGGUCCAUGCGUUUAGGGACGAUGCACGGUGGGAAUUGGAACAUCCUAUGGCUAGAAUAACGGGUAAGGCGAAAGAUACCUCGAUCUCGUUCAUGUCCCGUCUGAAGAGGGCGUUGUGA